AUGUCGCAGAGAGGCGAGGAAGACUUCUCACCCAGAAACUUGAACCAGCCUCCCAAACACCCACCACCUUUGAAUAGCGGGAUUAUCCCUCGGGAUUACUUGGGAUCGCGGUCGGAGGUGGCUGCGCGCCCCGGACCUCCUGGUUCUCGCCAUAUCUCACCGUCGCCGCUGCAUACCAGCUCUCUUCCGAAAUCACAAUCACAAUCACAAUCACAUCCACAAUCUUACCUUCACCACAACGAGUCGCCUAUCUCCCAGAGCCCUCUCUCUCCUCGAUCUACCGCGAACCCGUCUCCCUUCUCCAACCGCUCACCCAUUUCCCGUAUAGCUAAUGCGCCAUUCCCUGCGCCACCAUCGAAUCCUCCCCAUACCUCCUCCCCUUCGCCGGACAUCAUGACAAGCAUGGGUCUGUCAGAUAUUUCCGUCAGGCCCGGUGACGGUAAUGUUGCGAAACCGCCUGGCGUGGCCGAGCCCGAUCGUUCCGCAUCCUCUUCUGUGAGCUCCAUGCUCUCGGCGACUGGGGAACGCCCAACUCCUCACCGUGUCAUGCCGCGCACCUCCUCGAUCGACUCCGCCAUCUCCUCCUUGUCCUCCGCGUCUCAAAAGUCGACAUUUGACGCGAGCUCCCUCAGUCCCACGGAUAUUGGGAAUCUAAUUAAUGCUGCUGGCUCUGCGGAGGCGGUCAUUGUGCACCUCCUCAAGGAAAAGCACCAAGCCGCGUCCCAGAACUCGCAAUUGUGGAAAUUGGUCGACAAACAACGAACGUUGAUCUUGGGCCUGAAUAAGGACCUCGAGCGCGCAUUCAAGGAGAAGGAAAGAUACAAGAAGAAGUUUCAGGAGCUUCAGGAGUCUUCUACCCCGCCAGUUCCAUCCUCUGCCGAGACCUCGGUUCCACGAACUGCUAUCUUGCCCAAUAAUGAGAAUUCACCUGCCGGUCAGGUUGACGCUGCACUGAAGGGCUCGACAGGAAGUCAAUCUACUAUUGUCCCACGCUCCGCAGACGCGGGAUUUGCCGCUUCAAGAGAAGCGUCUUCCCCAAUCACCAGUGAGGCGCAAAGAGUUCCCCAGCCAAAUCGCAAACCACCCCCCGCACCUUUGAAUCUUCCUCUUCGAUCGGGAGACGCUCGAGUAGAACUUGCGGAAUCCGAUUCGGAUUCGGAUUACGGCGAGCCCGGAGAAGCUGAAAGACUAAGCGACGAGCGCGGAAGGAGGAAGACCCGCGAGGAGGACGAUCGGGAUCGAGAAGACGCUUUGGAUAAGGAUCUGGAUACUGAGGUCGUAGGAGGAGCUGGGUAUGGAGUUGCGGCCUCGAGCAAGCAACAAGGAACUGGUAAAUCUGCGAGCCCGGCAACCGCUUCUCGUGACCUUGCAACGAGAUCACCGCCAACUGUUGGCGGUCCUCCGCCCAUGGGUUCAAUCCUGAACUCCCGAAUCAACCAUCCAAAUGGACGACCGGGUGCUUCUAUGCCCAAGAGCCCCGGUCUACCUAUGAGCCCUCGACCAGAAGACCGACCCAUCGGUUCACCUCUGCCACGAAUGCCUAGAGAUAUGGCCAGUCCCAUGACUGCCGGAUUUAACCAUUCUGGUCUUCCUCUUUCCCCGCGAGGAGUCAAUUACCCUGCACCUUUCCAGCCAGGCGAUAUGGCACCACAGACUGGAAGGCCUGGGGGUCCGAUCCCAAUGAUCGACCCCACAGUCAGAAUCGACAGUCCUCGAUCUCUCCAAUUCCCCGAAAGCACCAUAUACCAGGGACUAGUGUCCGACGAAUAUCCCGGUCUUCUCUUGCCGCCCAAUGCGCUUCCUGUGAUUCAAGUCCGAGUGUCAUCUUCUCGACUUCGACCUUCCCGGAUGAGCUAUAUGGCCUCCAAACCACUCGAUGAAGAGCCAGUCUUCACCUUGAGCGUAAUAUCUCGCUCUGAGAUGUCGGAAUUGUGGCGAGUUGAAAAGGUGACUGCAUCUCUCCCGCAGCUGGACCAACAGGUCCGCCAACUAGCAAAUUUCUCCGGAAAGCUGCCAGACCGCUCGAUUUUCAGCGGUCAUUCCCCCGCAAAGAUUGACGCGCGACGAGCUGCUUUGAAUCUGUAUUUUGAGAGCCUUUUGGAUACGCCCAUGGACGAGAAAGCCGCAUUGGUUAUCUGUAAAUUCUUGACAAAUGAUGCCAUUGAGCCCCGUGACGACGAGACCAAUCUACUCAAGGGCCAGGGACAAUCGACGCCUCCGCCUGACAUGUCUCGAGGUCUGGAUGGCAAGCCCCGAAAAGAGGGUUAUCUGACCAAACGGGGCAAGAAUUUUGGCGGCUGGAAAGCUCGCUAUUUUACUCUCCACGGACCCGAAUUGAAAUACUUUGAAUCUCCGGGUGGUCCACACAUGGGCACUAUCAAGCUUCACCAUGCGCAGAUUGGAAAACAGUCCCAGCACUCCAGCAGUCAGAACCAGUCUCCGCCGGGCAGCGAGGAAGACGCGGAAAACCAAUAUCGCCACGCAUUCCUUAUCCUGGAGCCGAAGAAGAAGGACUCCUCCGCGCUUGUUCGCCAUGUUCUUUGCGCUGAGAGUGACGAGGACCGUGAUCGAUGGGUCGAUGCGUUGAUGGAGUAUGUUGAAAGCCCUUCCUCAGACAAUGACAGUCGUGGCAAUGGCCAUUCAAAGCACCAGUCUCAGACGUCAGCGAAACAACCCGCUGCUACAGGAGUCCAGGGCCAGUCCAAGGCCAACCCCAAUAAUGGGCCGGGAAAUAAGCGUCCCGGCAGAGGUGUUGAAAGUCCAGAGCAGGACCCCCGGGGCCCUGUUCAAGGAUUCAGCUUCGAUGAUGCUGUAGCGGCCGACCCUCCUAUCCUUGGCUCCUCUCUUGACCACGCCCCUCGUUCACCUCGCAUCCCAGCCGCCUUGUCAACAGACUUCCGCGAUCUGAACCAAGUCAUCGACGCGCCGCCACAGUCUCCGAAAAUAAUCUCCGGUCCAACGAACGGCUCCAUCAUCCAGGACGUCGGAGCAUGGGGAAACAAGCCAAAAACAUCAACGAAGGAGAAGAAACGCAGUAUCUGGGGUUUCCGGACAAGGUCUUCUUUCGACCUAGCCGCGCAAGUUGAUGCUGAUGGCACGGCGGCAAGCAUCGCCCAAGCUGAGAACAAGGAACCCGUCCGGGCCGUGUUUGGUAUUCCGUUGGCAGAAGCCGUGGCAGAGUGUCCACCGCGCGGCGUGAUGGAGUCUGAAUUACCUGCGGUCGUCUAUCGCUGCAUUGAAUAUUUGACUGCCAAGGAUGCCGCUCUGGAGGAAGGUAUUUUCCGGCUCAGCGGAUCGAAUGUUGUUAUCAAGGGCUUGAAAGAACGAUUCAAUAAUGAGGGUGAUGUGGACUUUUUGACCGGGGAUCAGUAUUACGAUGUCCAUGCUGUUGCUUCUCUGUUCAAGCAAUAUCUCCGCGAACUUCCGACGACUGUUCUUACUCGUGAACUGCACCUGGAUUUCCUCCGUGUCCUUGAACUCGACGACAAGCAGAAGAAGAUCUACGCAUUCAACGCACUGAUCCAUCGACUCCCGCGCCCGAAUCUGUCCCUGCUCCGCGCUCUAUCGCUAUUCCUGAUUGAAAUCGUCAACAACUCCGACGUGAACAAGAUGACAGUUCGAAAUGUCGGAAUCGUCUUCGCUCCUACGCUCAAUAUCCCGGCCCCCGUUUUCUCCAUGUUCCUCACCGAUUUCGAAAGUAUCUUCGGUGACGCCGGAGCUACGUCCGUUCCGUCUGUAGAGUUGACUGUUGACAACAGUUUAUCUGCGGAUGAUGUCCGCUCUCCCCGUCAUCAGAUGUUCUCGGAUAUACCUACCCCUUCUUAUAACCAGACCUCGUUCAGAGGCCCGGGUGCGGGCGAUGUACAGCAUGCACAGGCACAGCAGGGCGGUUAUGAUCCGUCCCGAGCUCACAAUCCCAAUGAUACGGGCUUCAUCUCUAUGCAGCCAAGCUACGAUCAGCAUCAACAUCAGCAUCAGCAUCAGCAUCAGCAAGCAUCCAGAUCUGGACCUGGACCGGACAUUUACAACCAACAUGCUGCCGGGGCCGGGGCCGGGGCUGAUGCUCCAUUUUCUUCGUUGAACGGAAUGUUAUCUAGCCCCGAUGACACGCGUUCAGCCAAGACAAAAAGACGUGAAAGCUCGAUGCUAUUUAUGGAAAACUACGCACCUGAUGAUUACACACACCAGCAGGGCAGAUAA